AUGCUUCUGACACAGAGCGAGGCGGGGCUCUGCGACCAGACGCUGGUGGCGGGCUGGCUGGCGGAGCGCUUCCGGGUGAACUUCUUUGAGGACUUGGCUCGCAAGCGGAAGCCGGCGCUCAUGUCCAGUGAGUUCAACUUGGUGGUGUCCUACCGUGCAAAGGAUCGUUGCGACGAUCCCGUCGAGCGGCGCGCAGUUGAGAAGGCCAGGAUUCUGCACUUUGCCAACCACUGGCUCAACUUUGAGGCGCUCGUUGCAGACCGAGACGCGCCGGGGCGCGUGGACUCCCCGCGCUGCUACAAGGCUGGGUUCCGCUACUGGCACGACGUGUACCACCACGCGCUGCAAGUCGCGGCUGGUGAGGAAGGCCCCGCGCCGCGGUACCAGCCGCUGUCGGACGAGGGCCUCUCGACACCUGAGGAGGUGAAGGCGGUGUUCCUGAAUUUCCAGCAGAUCAAAGAAGACUUUGAAGGCGGCUCUGAAGAGCUGUGA